AUGUCCGCCCACUUGACGGCCGUCUACACGUCGCCUACUGCGACCAACACCUUCUCUUCCCCGCUCCAGUCCGCCCCCACCCAAGUCAGCUCGUCAACAGAAAAGUCGCAAUACUUGGGCGACUUGCGCCAGAAAGUCGCCCAGUUGCAAGACGACAUCAACCAAUUCUUGACCAACAAGAUGGACGAGGACAAGGCUGCCACCGAGGGCGCUGCAUCCAAAGACGAAGACAUGGAAGAGCAAAUGUACGGCGAGGAAGUCGUCGAUGAGGACUGA